ACCCGGCUUCUCACCGCGGUGGGCACGCUUCGUUCCUUUGCGCAGGCGCGGUGUGCGGUCCACGCGCGCGGCUAUGCCGGCCCGGCACGUCUCGCGGGUCCGGGCCUUGUAUCGGCGCAUCUUGCUGUUGCACCGGGCUCUGCCCCCAGAUCUCAAAGCCCUUGGCGACCAAUACGUGAAGGACGAAUUUAGGAGACAUAAGACCGUUGGUUCUGACGAGGCCCAGCGUUUCUUGCAGGAAUGGGAGGUGUAUGCAGCAGUGCUAUGGCAACAAACUAAUGAAAACAGACAAAAUUCAACAGAAAAAGUAUGUUUUGGAGCUGCCCUACCAGAAGAAAAACUUAAUGACUUUCGUGAUGAACAAAUUGGACAGUUGCAGGAGCUGAUGCAAGAAGCUACUAAACCCAAUAGACAAUUUAGUAUUACUGAAUCUAGGAAACCAACAUUUUAGUCUACACAAUAAAGCUUAACAAGCAUUUUAAGUUCAGAACCCCUUAUUUUAAGUCUCAUGGUUUUUAGGAAUUUGUUUCUUAAGCUUUUAGGCUUUGAGAAUGCCUAGUAUU